AUGGCAACAGAAAUUGUUGCUUCAGCUGCAAAGCAUUCCGCUGCAGCUAAUAUAGACGCGCUAACAAGGCCUGGCCAUCCGGAACCGGGACCUAUAUCGCUCAAUUCUCGACCUUCUGAAAUGAUCGGACAAUCUAUAACAAAUGCUAUUUCGCCAGCUAUUACUAAGCUUGCUGAAAUUUCUGCCAUUGAAAAUCGCGGUCUAAUAUCAGGACAGAAGCAGAGAAGCGCUUAUGAUGUUGCAUCGAGUGAUGGUACCAAAUCACUGAUGGAUAUCGCAGAUGCAUUUUUAGGAUCUUCAAGACCUGGUAAAUCAUCAACAGCUUUUGGAGCGAAAACGCAAAUACAUACAAAAGAUGCAGAUAUCAAUUGGUUACCGACCAUUCGAGAAUUAGCACCUGGCGCAAAAAGUAAUUUUGGCAUACCGAAGGGUGAAGGAUGUCUACCGUUCUUGAGCGAAUUCAUGCGAAUAGCAUACGGGAAUUGUGUAAAGGUAGCAGACGAAAAGGCAUGGGAUCUUUGGGGUAGUCAAAUUACCAAUGCUCUUUUCGGUGGUAAAAUUGAUUUCAUCGGCGCUUCAAAAGAAACAUGUAAACGUGGUGCGGAACGACAGCAUUGUGGUCAAUUGAGGAAAGUGAUCAGUGAAUGCGAUAUUUUAGGAUCGUUGCAAGUCGGCAUGGAAAUGCAAAGGGCAAUUCAACGAUGUGAAGAAUUUUCAGGUGUUAUUGAUCAGGAUCCUAUACAAGUACUGAAUCAAGUGAAUAGUAUUAUUGGUGGUGAAUUUGCCCAAGGAUUUUUGCAUAAAUUUCUUGGUUAA